AUGAGCUCUACACACAGUGCUGCAUACCCCGCAGUCGACAAUUCGCUAGACGACAUCUUUGGCUCUUCACCACCACCAGAGACCCAAGAGAUGCCGUCCGAUCUGCAAAAUGACCGUACUUCUACGACUGAACCUUCCGAUCUGCCUUCUCUACGUCGCCAACACGUUACCGCGGGGUACCGCGACGGAGUCUCGACAUCGAAAGGCGAACACGUCCAACGCGGCUUCGAUGCGGGAUUCCCCGUCGGAGCGCAAUUGGGUAUGAGGGCUGGAACUAUACUGGGUAUUCUGGAGGGAAUUACGAGAGGACUUGAGGACCGAUCUGUUUCGGGCGUGGUUAAGAAACCCGUCGUGCGGGGAGUGUCCGGGCCAUCGGCGCAGCGGUCGGACGAGGCGCGUUCGGCAGAGGCGGCAGAGUCGCGACGCCUGCUAAGAGAGAAGACUCUUAAGAUAUAUUUGGAGGCCUCCAAAGCACUGGAUGUGCAGGCAGUCUUCGCUGGCUCCAACGUAGAGGCUGGCUCGGGGUCCUCGGCGCAAAAUGCAACGGAUCGGCACGCAGGGGAACCUGCGGAAGCUCAACUUGGACGAAAGGGCGAGGCAGUGAUCUCGAAGUGGGAGGAUAAGGUGGCAGUACCGCAAUGGGAGAAGAACAUGGAGGCUCUUGAGAUGAAAGAGAGCCAGGGAGACAACGAAGGGGACAAAGCUGCAAUGGCCGAGCAGAGAAGGUUGAACUAA